CCUAUUCUAGAACAAGUUCCUCUUAAGCCCGUAUCAGACUAAGGAUUAAAAUUAAGAUUUAAUUGAAAAUUGGCCAAUUAGAGCAAAGUUCACCAAAUUUGAGCUUAGUGAAUUUUGCUCUGAUUGACUAAAUUUAACCUCAAUCCUAAUCUGUAGUCUGAUACGGGCUUUACAGGCAGCAUAGAGCGAUUAGCAAUAUAGUAGUAUUACAUAUAUGUUGAAGACCGGCAGCCAUCUUUGUUACAGUAAAAUAUGCCAAUAUGGUGGCACUAUUGACAUUCAAUAUUGUUGUUUCGGGUUAUGUUAGAGAGAUGUGAAAAUGGUAUUAUCCUGUGUUUUUUGUGGUUCAAAACAAGGGACUAAAGGUAGAACAUGUCAUAAAAAUUAAUAUUUUAGAAUAAUAUUUUUUGUAAAGGUUUCCUUUGAAACAUAAGGAAAUUUUACAGUCAUAGUUGCAAAACAUGGGUCUGGAGUCAAACUUUGAACCAAAAAAGCAUUUCUUCCUAUGCUCUGAUCAUUUUGAAGAAAAAUGUUUUCAAGAAAAUACAAAUAAGAAAUGUCUAAGUAUUGGAAGUAUUCCAACAUUAUUUGGUGAAUAUAAAUCACGUUGUAUUUACUGUCACUCAAUGAAAGGACAGAAUAAAAAAAGAUCAUUUCACAAAUUUCCUUUAGAUAAUUUUGCAUUAUUGGAGAAAUGGAUAGCAGCAAUAGGACUGAAACAUUUUAUUCCAAAUGAGACAAGUUUACUAUGUAAUGACCAUUUUGAUGAAAAAUGUUUCCAAUCAUCAGGAUUUGGUUUAGUUCUUAAAGCAAAUGCAGUGCCAACUUUGUUUUCAUCAGAUAGUAAAGGAACACCCAUUAAAAUGCAAAAGAAUAUAAACAAUUUAUCCAAUAAAGUAUAUGAUAUUAAGGGUAAUCAAUUGAUAACUCAGCAGCCAAAUACAAAGUAUAUUUCAUCAACAUAUUCCACAUCUUCUAAAAUUCAAAGAAAUGAUGGGCCUUCUAUUAGCAUACCAAUACAUUCAAUGAGAGAAACUGUGAUGGAUUAUUCCUCAGUUGAACACUGCGACGAAAAUGUAACACCUUCUACAAGCUUAGCUGCUGAAAAAGGAAACAAUCCAGUUCGCAACAAGAUACCAGAAACAUGUAGAGGUAUUAAAAGUCGAAUUCUUCAUAUGAAGCAUGAUCAUCAGUAUGCAACAUCUCCACAAAUGAUGAAAAUGCAGUUUUUAAUGCAGCAGAGACAUAUUUUAAAACGGCAUGUUUUGCGUUUAAGAAAAAAGAUUAUUUCAUUGAAAGACAAUAUUGCAAAAUGACAUUUGCACUGAAAUGUUAAUGAAAAACGAGAAUUCAUUGAUUUACUACUCCUGGCUAGUCACCGCGGCCAUAUUGGUUAGUGACAUCAGAAGCGAGAAAUUGCACACGAAUUUUGCGCCCAAAUCAUUGCAAAAUAAAAAAGAUAUAUUAACAAAGUGACACUUACAAUCGAUCCUACACACUAAAAUGCUCCGAAUAGUGUUCAUUUCCCGAAAUAAUCUUUACACUGUUAAAUAUACGUGUGAAAAUCGGCUUAUUUUGACAAGAGAUCAGUUGUGAGACUUGGUGCGGAUUAUGAUAGAAUAAAUACUAUUAUAGUUAAAAUAUUACAAAAA